AUUUUGAAUUUUAAAUCAUCUAUGUUAUAAAUUCCGGACGUUACUAACGUUUAACGACAAUUUUAGAAUGUUUUGAAGGCGAUAUCUAAAACCGUUUAGUGAAAAUCGUGAAAAUCCAGCGCUGUUUAUUUGGAGAGCAUGCGUGAAAUGAAUAGAAUUUUCGACGAGAAACGUUGUCUGUAUUGUGUAUAAUCCCAGUCUCGUUUUAUAACCGAACCAAAACGGAUUGUGUGUGGCUUCCAUAUCGACUGUUUAUAUUUUUUUCAUUUUUUUAUUUACACUUUGUAUUUUAAAAAAGGUUUGUUUAAAGGAUUUUAUUGAAAAAUGACAGAAGUUACUGAUGCGUUAAAAUCGGCUGGUCCAAAGCUAGUUCCAUUUUUAAAAACUGUCGCGAUUUAUUUCGUGAUUUACAUCCCUUUUGGUCAACCUAGCAUUACAGCGGCAACUUUAAAAUGUUUACCCAUUAUAAGUUUGAUGAUCUUCGUUGUUCUCUACACCAGAACUUUAGAGCAAAGACAUAAAUGGUUUGGACGAAAAAUCCUUUUAGGUUUAGCGUUUUCGUGUAUUGGAGACGCUUGCCUUGUGUGGUCACAUAGUCGAACAUUUUUCGAAUUGGGAAUGUUAGCUUUUGGAAUUGGUCAUACUUUUUAUAUCCAAGCGUUCGGUUUUAAACCCCUCAACAUGAAGCUUGGCCUCGCUUUAUAUCUUACUUCAAUCGGAUCUGUUGUUUACAUGAUGCCUGGUCUUAAUGGAAUGUUAGUUUACGCCGUUCCAAUUUAUUCAGUUGCUAUUACGACUAUGUUUUGGAGAGCUGCCUCGAGGCUUAACAAGAGGGAGCCUUUUAGUUGGAGUAAAUUAUUUACGGUUUUGGGAGCGUUUAGUUUUCUUAUGUCGGAUGGAAUUUUAGCUUUUGAUCGAUUUAAAUUUCCGGUUCCUCACAGCCAGGCGUUGAUAAUGACAACAUAUUAUGCGGCUCAGUUGGGUAUAGCACUCAGUGUGGUUGAUCCUAGGGAUUCCAGUAAGAUCAGGAAAGCUUAAGUAUCAAGAAAUAGCUCAAUAAAUAGUUAAAAAUAACGAUAGUUAGUUCAUUCGGUUAAUUAAUUGCAGUCUUCCUAAUCGGAAUUAGAAAAGAAAUACAUUAAAUAAUUGUCUUCCUAUUUUAAUUUUUUAAAACAAUUUUAUUAAUUUGGACUGCACUAUCUGUGAUUAAAAUAAUUUUUCUUCCUUAUUUUUGAUUACUUUAUAAACUUCUCCUAGAUGAUAUGGUACAAUAGAUAUUAGAAUAGCAUUGAGGCGAUUUACUCCAGACUUUGUAGUUUUUAAGAGUAUUUUAUGAAUAGUUCGUAAAUUUACGAUAUGGUUAAAAAAAUAAAUGUUUUUAAUGUU